AUGCUUUUAUUCAACACUGUCUUCACCCUGCUCAAAUGCAAGCCAAAGCUGAAGGCUGGAGACCUGAUUGAGAUUUUUCGCUCUGUCUACAGACACUGGGCCCUCUAUGUUGGUUAUGGAUAUGUGAUCCACUUGACCAACCCAAGUGAAGUUGCUGGAGCUGGUCUGAGCAGUGUCAGUUCUGUUACAGCAAGUAAGGGCAUCGUGAAGAGGGAACUGCUGUAUGUUGUGGCCGGGAGUGACAAGUACCGGAUCAAUAACAAACAUGAUGACGCGUACCCAGUGCUGCCUCUCAGUGAAUUCAUCCUGCAGGCAGAAUUGAUGGUGGGGAAGGAAAUACCCUACAAGCUGAUGAGUAAUAACUGCGAGCACUUUGUGAACUAUCUCCGCUACGGAAUUGCAGUGACCAGAUGCAUAGGGAUCAGACUUUCCCGCAUGGAGAUCACCGGCCCCUGGGAUUACCCUUACUGCAUGUGCUAA